AUGCUCCAGAAUCAAAAUCUGACAACCACUAACAAUGGACAAGGUCCGAGUUCCUCGGGCUGCACGCCCACAUAUGCACAGCAGAAUCCAACAUCUGCAGAAUCUUUGACCAGUCCUCCUCCACAAAUUUCGGUCACGAAAAGAAAUCAGCGGCAUCAAAGGGAGCUGAAUUCCGACGGGAAAUCAAUCCACCUAGUUGACAUGAACAUUCCCAGAGCAUUAGCGUCCCCCUCAUCGUCACCUCAUGCUCUAUCCCAAAAUCAAUCGUUUGACGAAAACGUCCGGACCAAUAAGGGGGAAUCACGGAACACGCCCCAUCUGCAUCAGGACUUUUCCAAUUUGGAAGCGACAAAGAUGCCAUCCUGUGAAGGACAAGGCACAUAUCUCGGUGUGCUGCCCAUGAAAGACGCUUCGUCGUCUUAUUCUCGCGGAACCAGUUUCUCCUCGAAUUUUCAGGGCUAUCAUUGGGAACCAAAAGUAUUCAACCAUUCCCUUUCCCAUCCCGAAAGAGCAUUUAUGGGCUCUGGUAACGAUGUUCAAUCUAACCGUAAGCCCUCACCUCGGCCACAAGAAAUGCACAUCGCCCAGCCAAGCGAAACUACUGCUCCAGAAUGCGGGAGGACAAGCAUGGCCAAUGUACAAAAAAGCAAAUUCAUCGAGCAGUUUGGGUCGGAUCGAUCGCUCUCAUCUCCCGCACUGGGUGCUGGUGGUAGCAUACAAGAAAGCCUGGUGUCUCCACGCCAAAUGAGCGUGGGUUGGAUGUCCGGGGGUCGUCGUCUUGGGUAUGGAUACACCCUUGUGCCAGCAGACGAGGCAGAUGGACGACCGUCCCAUGGAAACCUUGGGGAACCCGUGGUAGGAGACAACAAACAGGGCACCGAAGUGGUUUCGGACAGUCAUGACAAACAACGCACGGAGACGACUAGUAAGAUAUCACUAAGAAUUGGAGACUCGACUUAUGAUAUCUCCAGCAUCAUCCAUCGCUUGAAUCCGCGCCAUCGAUCUGGCGCAGCGACAUCUGUCGAGGCAACCAAUCAAAGCGAUACAGCGAGUUGUGAUUCUGUAACGUCAUCUCUAUGGGAGAAACUAGGAUAUCGGAAAAAGGGGCGAAACGACCAGGAGACGGAGACUGACAAAAAGCCCCCAUGGAGUCAUUUCUGCGGCGUAGGUUUAGAGCAGACUUUGGAGGAGCCAUCGAUCUCCCGCAGGGACGCCUCGGGGAACGUCGACGGCGAGGAAAGAGGCCGAAUGGGAUUGAAUCACGCGCGAAGCAUAUGGGCCAAAGGGCGCAGCAUGACUGAGCUCGCCCGCGAAGUAGAGGCGAAGAUGGCAAUAUCUGCCGAGCAAAACUCCAUCGCGCUGAGAAAUGGAACCCGAGUCGUGAAAUACAAAAUCCGCGAUCUCAGGAAAAGAUGCCAGAAGGCGGACGAUGACCACCCUAUCUUUGCCGUCGACAGGAAGGAUAGCUUUGGAACUUCACAAGAGAGAGCCUCGACCCCAGAUAAGCAUAUAAUCGAUCGAGAAGAACCAGAAGGGUCUGGCUCAGACGACGUUGCAGAUAACUUGGCUGACACAUUCCACGAAUUUCCAGAGAUCCAACCAGUCCCCGAGUAG